GAAGUUCGUAAGAUAAUUGUGAUGUCUUUGCCUUCGUCAAGCGCAACUUUAUCAGUAAUUAUUGAUUUCACUCUGGAUGUAAAUGAGUCAGUACGAAAGGCAGCAUACUGUGUUCGAGCCAGUAAAUUUCCUCUACAGAGCCUCAGUAUCAAGCUCAGAACAACAAUUCUCUUGCGGGGUCUAACUGAUCGCUCUACAGCUGUUAAAAAAGAAUGCUUGAGAAUUAUGAAAGACGAGUGGCUUGAGAAAUGUUGCAAUGGAGACCCUAUUAAACUACUUAAAUUUCUUGAUGUCGAAACCUAUGAAUCAGUUGGGAGUAAACUAUGA